AUGUCUUUUACAAAGGAUCAAGAAGCUAUCGUAUUGAAGGUGCUUUCGUAUAAGCCUCACCAGUUCUACGAGAUACUCAGCGUUGAAAAGUCAGCAAAUGAAUCAGAGAUCAAAAAAUCAUACAGAAAGUUAGCGAUCAAAUGCCAUCCUGACAAGAAUCCUCAUCCGCGUUCAGCAGAAGCAUUUAAACUUUUAAAUAAAGCCUGGGGUGUAUUAAGUGAUCCUGGGAAAAAGAAGAUAUACGAUCAAACCGGCAGUGAUCCAGAUUCUCGUUUUGCUUCUGCAGCUUCAUCCAGCGGUGCUUCAACGGGGUCAUUUGGCAAUGGAGGACCAUAUUAUCGUGGCGGAGGAGUGCCUUUUGAUGAUGAUAUCUUCAACUUAUUUUUUGGUGGUGGUUCAGGUGCUAGUCCAUUUGGUGGUGGUGGUGGAACUACCUUUCAAUUUGGCAACGGUUUCACUUUCCAAUCUUUCGGUGGAGCAGAUCCAUUCGUGAGACACAGACAUCAAUUCAGAGGACACAAUCAACAAAAUACCCAACAUCAAGACAGACGACAGGAAGCAUCACUUUCAGAGUCACUUAAAGCAUUAGCACCCAUCCUUUUGAUAUUAAUUGUGCCUAUAUUCUCAGCAUUGUUUUCUGAUAGUAAUUCUGCUCCAGAGUAUUCAUUUCAUAAGACAAGAGACUACAGUGUUCAAAGAUCGACACCCAGGUUCAACAUACCUUUUUAUGUUAAUAAGAAAUUUACUGAAAAAUAUUCAGGAAAAUCACCCCAGCAAUUAAAGAACUUUGACUACAAAAUCGAGAAUGUGUAUAUACAAGAUAAGAGGGCAAAAUGUUCACGAGAACAAAUCCGCAAGAAUGAAAUGAUUGAAGAUGCCCAAGGAUGGUUUUUUACAGAUACAGAGAAAUUGGCCGCUGCUGAAAAUAUGGCCAUGCCUAAUUGUGAGAUUUUGAGAGGCUUAAGUUUAAUUUGA